AUGUUUAAGCAACUGUCUCAGCUUGGAAAAAACCUCACUGACGAGCUGGCAAAGGGCCUCACUGAUGAGUUGAACGAGGGACAGUUUGAUAAGAAUAGCGACAUACCAGUCGAAGUCCAAGCAAAGCUACGAAAGUUUGAAAAGUAUGAACAAAAGUAUCCCCUGCUUCUUAACGCGUACAAGUCUGAGAAAGCAAAGAGCGAGAAGCUGGCGGCUGUGCAGAAGAUUUUGAGUGAGAACACACCCAUUUCUUCGAUAGACGAUUACGAUUCAUUGACAAGCUUCUUCAAAAACACCAACCUGAAAACCGAUAUGCUCAAUGAUGAGAUAAAGAGAUUGACUUCAGAAAAGAAUGAACAUUUGAGAGAAAUACAGGAUUUGCGCGCACAAAAAGAUGUUGCAGCGGAUAAAGCCUUUUCAGAAGGUCAUUCUGAAAAAUCGGAAGGGCUAGAGCAGGUGAAACAGCUUGAACAGAAGAUUUCCGAGUACCUUAAAGACAUUGAAAGCCUCAAGCAUGAACUGGCGGCCAGGGAAGAAGAAAAAUAUGCUUUUGUAAAACAGCAAACAGAGAUGAAAAAUCAGAUUGAAUCUUUAAAGGGCGAAAGCACAGACUUUGCUACUGCAUCGAAGAAUUUGGCAGCGACUGAGAAGUUGGUUGAUGAAUUCAAGAAAAAGCUAGACUCUGAGCGCCAAGAGCAUACUAAGUUAAAUUCAGAACUGACCAAACUUGAAGAUGAGGCAGCAAGAAAAUCUGAGAGGAUUGUGAGCUUGGAAAAGCUUAUAAAAUCAGAAGAGGAGGAUGAAGCUCUCUCCAAACAAGAUCCUGUUUCUUCAGGUACUUCUCAAACGUCAACGUUUAAAUCUAAGAAAAAGAAGAAGAAGGGAAAAAGUCAAAAUACAAGCAGUAAUGCCAAAGUGCUGCCCUCACCCCCAUUGCCUGGGUCCAGCGCUGAUCAAAAAAGCGAUUUAGACAAUCGGUUGCACGAGACAUUGAAGGACCUUCAAGAAACUCAAGAAAAAUUGAAAGUGAUCCAGUCCAAGUACGAUGACUUAGUAGCCGCCAGUGGCAAUUCAGAAAGUUUACAGCUUGAGCUUGAAAAAACAAGGGGAGAGAUUGAAAAACUUGAAGUGGACAACGAACGUCUUCUUCGUGAAUUGCAAGAAAGCAAAAAAGAGUUGAAGUUCAAAUCUGAGGAGGUUGAAAAUGUGAAGGAUCUUUUGAAAACAGUCGGGAACGAACUCGUCGAAGCAAAAGAUACGAUUAAAAACUCUAAUGGCGCAAGCGAGACUGAAAUGAAACACCUCAAGUCACAAUUGGAAAGCUUGAGAAGUCAAAAUUCCGAAAACAUUAAAAGCUAUGAGACUACCCAGAGUGAAUUAAAGCAAAAAGUUGCUUCCCUGCAGAAAGAAAAGUCUGAAACUGAGAAAGAGCUAGACGAUUUGAGAACUACGCUUAACAAGCAUAUGCAGGAAAAGAGUAAGCUUCUUACAGACUUGAAACAAUCCCAUGAAAAAAUGAGCAUCUUGAAUAAUGAGAACAUCACUUUAUCGGAUCAGGUUAAGAAUCUGAAUGCGCUGAAGCGCUCAGAAAGUUCCUUGAAAUCGUCUCUGUCACAAAAAGAGAAGACAAUUGUUUACCUCGAACAACAAGUCAAGGAAUAUAGCUCUAAGGAAGAAGCUUCAAGCAGAGCACUCAGAGAAGCCAAAAUGGAAAACGGAAGAUUAUCCAAUAAGAUCUCUCUGGUAAGUAAAGAAUGCGAGAGCUUGAAAAAUGAACUUGAGAAAUCCAAGACCUCACUCGAAAAGUUCAUUAAAGAGAACGGCGGUUUGUCUGAGAGGCUUGAGAUUUUAAACGAGAAGUAUGAAACUUUACAGGAUAUGAAAACAAACUCGCAUGAGCAGGUUGAAUUGAUACGGAGGCAAUGCGAUGAACUGAAUGUUAAAAUAAAAGAGCUCAAUAAAAAGAACCUUUCUCUGGAAGACGAGCUAAACGAGUCCGUUAGUGCAUUGCAAGAAAGGACCCAAGAGGCGUCUAGUAUGCGUCGCUUGCUUGCCGAGAGACAGUCAGACAAGGACUUCCAAGUUCAAAAGCUUGAGCAGAGUUUUGCGGCAGCUUCAGAAGAGAAAAAUAGACUUGAGAGCGAGCUAGCGUUGCAUGAUGCCAAGACAAAGCGUACCAUAAAUGAGUUAAAAGAAGUUAACGAUGAUUUGCGGGUACAAGUUCAAACCUUGAUAGCAAAAGAAAAGGACUACGAACAGGAGGUUGCAAGACUCACUUCUUUAAACAAAGAGAUGCAAACAACAAGGAAUGAGUCAAGUCAAAGUUCAAACGAGCUCAAGGAAGCCCUCGCUAAUGUUAAGGCGGCUUUAAUGACCUCGGAGAAGAAGCUUCGCGAGAUGGAAUCCUCAAGCGAAAACAUUAAAGAGCUUAACGAUGAUUUGACUAAAAAGCUGGAAAGAAUAUCCAAAAACUAUAAGCUAGUGUCUGGUCAGUUAGCCGCCAUAAAAGAAAGGAACGUCCCUUCGCGUGGGCCCAGCAGAUCCAAUUCUGUCUUGUCCAUAUCAGAUCGGGCUUCCAACGAACCACCAUCUCGCCGUGGCUCCUUCAAUGGUGAGACUGUGAUAGAAUCGCAAUCGGAGAUUAACGAUAAAAUUGCAUAUAUUAAAAACGUCCUUCUAGGGUUCCUAGAGCACAAAGACCAAAGGAAUCAAUUGCUUCCCGUAGUCUCCACCCUUCUUCAACUGGACAGUAACGACGAAAAGAGGCUAAUGGCUAUACGCUGA